UAAGAUGGCUUUUUAUAACCUUCUGUGUUUGGCUACGGUACUUGGACAUUGUCUAUCACAAAUGGCAGGAGAGCACUCCAUGAAUAGUGAUACCACUCGACCAAAGUGCACUUACACCUUUGUGGUACCGCAGCAGAAGAUAACUGGGGCUAUCUGUGUCAGCACAGCAAGGUUCCCUGAAGCAUUUGGGGUAAACAGAAGUGAAGUACAGGAGCUUAAGGAGGAACUGAACCGUCAGCAGUUAGAAAUUGAGGAACUGAAGAAACUGGUGGAAGUGGACCAUGAUGUGGCAACAGAGAUGGAGCAUCUACGCAAGGAAAGUAGGAUCAUGGGAUCCCGUCUUGGUCACCUUCAGACUCAACUACUCCAUGAAGUCCUCCAGAGGAAAAAUGAGACAGCAGAUAUUUUCCAGAGUGAAAACAAAGGAAUCAAUACCUCAUCUGAGGUUCUUACUUUAGCUUCUAAAUACAGAGAGCUCCAGGAAAAGUAUCAGUUAUUGGCUUCCAUAAUCAACAACCAGAGCCUGAUCAUAGCACGUUUGGAAGAGCAGUGUCUCCAAAGCACUGUCCGCCACCAAGCUGACCAGGUUCCAGUUCAUCCUCCUACUGAUGGAAGAAAACUGCUCAGCAGUGAGAUCCAGAAGGACCAAACUGGCAACUCCCCCCAAGGGAAUAUUCCCCAGGCAGAAGAAGACAUUGUCAUCAAAACUUCCAAUGCUCCAGUUGCUAUGGUAACUGAAGCCCCCAAACCCUCAGGACCAUGGUUGGACUGCUAUGAAGCACUCUUGGAUGGGCAGAAAUCCAACGGCAUCUACCUUUUGAAGCCACUUAUUGGAAACCAGGUGAUGCAAGCCUGGUGUGAGCAGAACGUGGCUGACGGUGGGUGGACAGUCAUUCAAAGACGCCAAGAUGGGUCCAUAAAUUUCUUUACAACUUGGCAUAGCUACAAGCAUGGUUUUGGUAACUUGGACAGUGAAUAUUGGUUGGGUUUGGAGAAUAUAUACUGGCUAACCAGCCAAGGCAGCUACAAGCUCCUUAUUCUCAUGGAGGACUGGCAGGGCCGGCAAGUCCAUGCUCAGUAUGAUCAUUUUCGUCUGGAACCAGAGAGUGAUUUUUACAGGUUGCGUCUGGGUCAGUACCAUGGAAAUGCCGGCAACUCGCUCUCCUGGCAUAAUGGCAAACAGUUCAGCACUCUGGAUAAGGAUAGAGACUCUUAUUCUGGUAACUGUGCCCAUUACCAGAAGGGAGGAUGGUGGUACAAUAUGUGUGCCCAUUCAAACCUCAACGGGGUAUGGUAUCGAGGUGGUCAUUACCGCAGCCGUUACCAGGACGGGGUAUACUGGGCUGAAUUCCAUGGUGGUGCAUAUUCCCUUAAGAAGGUGUCCAUGUUAGUAAAACCAAAUAAAUAACCAUUCAAAAUA